GGCCCACCAAACAACCUCCGGCACACGGGGCGUCGCUACUGCUGACAUUCGAGAUUCGACUCUCGACGUUAUACCUGGGUGUCACUGCAAACAGCUCCAACUUGGCACGCCAGGGGCUCCACGAAUGACCAGUCGGUGAAGAUGCCACAGCGGGCAAACAAUUCUCGGAGUAGAGCGGGGUGCCUGACCUGCAGGCAGCGCCACAUCCGCUGUGAUGAGCUGCGUCCAACUUGGUAUGCGCGAUGCCACAUCCGCCCCGUUCUCUGGCCAAGCCUCGUAAAAUCGCGGCCAAAAGUGCUCUUUCUCAUGUUGAAACUUUGAGCUGCGGAUGCGCCGCUAACGAUCAUCCUGGCAGCCAAAAAUGCCUCGACAGUAACAAACCAUGCAACUAUCCACACGCCGUGAUCCCCCUGCGGGAUCGACGAGUGCUGCAGAAGAAUGCCCUCCCCCCGGGGCAGCAGGCCCCGUGGGCAGUGGUGCACACGCCGGGCUGGAGCGUCAAACGGCUACCGGCCAGCGCAGCCAUGGAUCCCUUUGAUUCCCUGCCCAUAAAGAUGCCAUUUCGGUCGCGAGAAUUGUACCACUACUUCUACCAAACUGGCGCGGCGUUUUCUGUGGCGCCGGCGGAUGCAAACGAUGACUGCAUCGCUCUCGCAACACUAGACGAGCACGCCCUCCGCAGCACGAUUCUCAUCGCCGGCAUCCACUAUUCCUGGAACACGGGGACCUUGCAGGCCUACGAGUCCUCCUUCCUGUUUCACAAGAUCGAGAGUAUACGCAUCAUCAACACAUGGCUUCAGGCUUCCGAUCGCAGAGCAUUUGUCGUUUGCGUGAGGCAGAUUUUGACCAUGUGUCUGGCCGAGGCCUGUCUUGGUAAUAUCCCCGCUGCGGAAACACACCUCAAUGGCGUAAUGGCCCUCUUCGGUUCUCGCGAGGACGCAGACGGGGUCUGUGACAGCAGCGAUGACAUAGAAGGCGAGCUCGCGGAUCGCUACCUUAUCCUCACAUCCUGCUUCGUCUUAAUCCUAAAAUCCCGCCUCGAAGACUUCAAACUCUUCCUUGCAACGCAGGGAAUAGAUCCAAGCCAAGACGCCUCCUCCGCCGAGGCACUCAAGCUGAUGAAAACGUGGCACGGCCUCGAGCACGGCGGAUUAGAUACCAGACUCAAAGCCAUGCGCCUGUUCCCGUACUUUUUCGCGCCGCCGCCGACGGAUCGUCGGCCCAGGAUGAUUGACGCCUCGCCCGUCCUAGACUGUCUGAGGACCAUCACUACGACGGUAGAUUGGGCGCGCAUGGAUCCUUCUCCCGCGCAGCUGCAUCAUGUUUGGAACGAUGGCGGGCCGACCAAGUUACUGCUCGACCUGGUCAAUUCGCACGUGGCCUCGUAUGCAAGAGACGGCACGCACACGGCUUCCCGCUCAAGUCCUGCAGGAACGACAGCAGCCGAUCCGCCGUCGGAAUCCCGAACCCCUGUGUAUUCCUCGUGGAGCGGUCUCUCCGCCGCAGGCGAACUAUACAUCCACAGCGUGCUCGGGAUAAUGAACGCCGGGAGCCCGCUCGAGUGCCGGCUGCUCCAUCGGGUUGCGCUCAUACUGCAACGGGACGUUCAGCAGACGCGUGCUGAUCUGGGCGGAGAUGGUGUGGUGCAGUCGCUGUGGUUUUGGAAGGUCUUCCUGGGAGGGUUGGCGCUGCACAGACACGUUAGUGUGGAUGUGGAGACGGUGGUACGCGGGUGCGCGGGAGAGCUGGAGGGGCUCUACAGAUGGUUUCGGGGGUGUGCGAAGGGAUGGAGUGCGGUUACUGGAUUAUCGCAUUGGGGCGAUGUACAGUGCGUACUGGCGAGAGUAACCUGGCCCGGUGUACUGCCUGCAGGGGAAGUGGACUAUGCCGCACACGCGUGGGCUCAAAUAGCAUCAGGGGGCUUAGAGUAGCCCUAGUUAGGAGCAAAACACAAUAUCCGCAUUACUGGACAAGGCACAGAAUUAUGUCCUAGGAUGGCAGAUCGCUGGAGAUGUAACAUUCAAGCUAUUCCCAGACCAAUUCAAGGCCAUGUCACGUAUUUCCAGCCUAGACAACUGGAGGAAACGACCUCCGACAUUGCCUUGGUUUCAUGGGCUAUGAAUUUAUAUAUUAUACAAGGUUGCUACUAUACACGUCUAUUACUAGUAUACGAUAUCCCGAAUGCCAAUACAUCGCCCACCUCUCAGCCUGAAGUGUUGACAUUCACCCACCCACCAACCCCCAAAACACCCC